AUGUUCCCGGCGAACCCAGCGACUGCACCUGACACCCGGCCACACGCUCACCCAAGCAGAGUCAAACAAAAGAAGGCGCAGACACCUCAAACACCGAGCCGCCCAAAAGGCCGAAAGCAGCGGGACAAUCCAAGGCAGCAGGGGACUGGAGAUCAGUCGGGUGGCAACAGGAGCAUACCCACUGCCCCUGGGAACCAGCGGGUAACAGUGCGGACGCACAUCGACCCACCCUCACGCCAGCCUGAUAACGGGGGCCCAACACCAAGAGGCCAGACCCACACGAGCGCACAUAGACAUCUGCAUCAAUCCAUGGGCCUCAUACAAGGCUACACCGCCAUGGGGAACAACAUGCUGGCUGCAGGAGUGGGCUAA